CGAGUAAACUGUUUACUAUUAGCUUGAAGAAGCAGUGUUUAUGCACGUUUCACGUUUGUAUGGAAAUCAUUUCACGCACAAGCAACCGGAUCUUUCCUGAAUCUACUAGAAUCUCCACCCUGUGUGUUACAAGCUUUAACGUCCACCAUGGCAAGUUCGACAGUGAAAUUUACCUGGUGUUCCUGCCGCAACUACAAAAUCCAGUCUAAAGACACGCACGAAAAGUGUUUAAUCUGCUUGGGAAUCCAACAUGCCAAAGAGGGGGUCUUGGAGUAUGGAAAAUGCCCACACUGUGCCAAGAUGGACUGGGGCACUUGUAUCAAGCGUCUCACCAAGGUGCAGGAGGUGAUCUAUCAGGAGGCCCAGCAACGGAAAAACGAGGCGUCUCAGACGGGAAUGCAGUCUAAACUUGAACCGGUGGCAUCGUCUGCUACGGCUAAAGAACUUAAAUCUGUGAGGUUGGUGUCUGCUACGCCUACUGUAUCAGAGACAGAAAAUGCUAUGCCAUCUUUUUCCACUACACCUGUCAUGUUCACUCUUAUCUCACCGUCUUUGGACCUACCUGACCCAAACGCUGCAUCGAUGAAAGGUACAUAUGUUUCACAUGGAACGUCACAGCAUACGCAAGACCUGGGUGCAUCUGCAGCACCCAUUCCAGUGCCUUCAACCUCACACAAGAGGUGGCAUUCACCUCGGUGUCAUCCGUGCCGCGCGAGGCACUCGAGCAGGGGCUGCGGACGGAGACGAAAACACUCCCCGAUUUUAUCCUCAUGUUCAUCCUGGAGCUCCGACUCCUCGUGUGAAUCUGUUAGGGAGAAAAGGCCGAGAAGGGAAACGAAGACUUCUGCAAAACUUGCCAGGCAAAACGAUAAGCUGCUAAAGAUGGUGGAGCAGAAAUUAGAAGCUCAACAGAGAGCCGUGCAGUUACAGUGGAGCGUAAUGGAGAGGCGGCUUGAUGUCUUGGAGAAAAGGAGGCCAAUCGAUAUUCCACAUUCAGCAGAAAUCUCCCAAGUGUUCACUAGAUCCCAAGUGGAUCAGGGACAACAGACAGGUACAGCGACCUGUUCUGAAUCUGUCCCCCUUUUAAAUGAAGUUAAACAAGAAGAUGCACCUUUAGAAAUCUCAAAUGCUUUACCAUCCACUUUACCUCAGCGACUGAGUUCAAUGCAGGACGUUCCUACAUCUGAAGAGCUGCAGAAUCUUAUAGUACGUGCAGCCAGACACAUGGGUAUCGAGUUUCCCAAAUGCCAGAAUGGCUUGUCAUGUCCACUCAUGGUGCCAGAAUUUGAGAAUUUGGUCCAAUGUUCGUGGUCCAAUCCGGCGAGUUUACCACCUUUCAGGCCAGUGUUCUCCGAGUUGUACAAGCUUCAUGAAAGCCAGGCUAUGCCUUACGCUCAUAUGCCUCAAGUCAACACGCUUAUGUCGGCCAUCCUCCAAGCCGUUAUGCCACCGGGAAACAGAGAACACCACCCUGUUCCUCCUGAACACUUGAGGUUCACUGAAACACUCGCAGAAAAAUCGUAUCAAACCGCCGGCAUGCUAGCAAAGACUGCAAACUAUUUGCGAUACUUGUCUGAUUACCAGAAGCGCCUUUUGGCAGAAAUUUCUGAAAACCCAACUCCUCAAAGGCUCACUGACGUUCUCGCUGAGCUUAAACUCAUCGCAGAGUUCACAUUUCAGCUCUCCUCACACCAGGCAGAAUUUUCUGGAAGGAUCAUGGCAGCGUCUGUGGCUGUUAAACGACAGAUAUGGAUGGCCAAGACCAACUACACAGAUUCACUGAAGGCUACAGUCGCAGAUCUUCCCUUUGUUGUCGAGACUCAAAAAUAAAACCUCCUUAAAAACUCCCUUUAGUCAUCAUCCCCAGCUACAGUAAUGCAAAGUUUUCUCAGCACACCAGAGCCAUGAUUGGAUGCCUGCUUCUGAAUCACUGGCCCCCCAGGAACUCAUUUAAUGGCUUUCCCAAACAUGUGGAAAUGUCUUGGAGCGAGGUUAGGACUGUACAGGGGAUGUGGCAACAACUCCCAGCCGAGUUCCUGUAACCUACAAAUGGUGCUGGUGAGUGAUUGUGUGUACAGUUCCCAUAGAGAGAUCCAUCUCUUCCACAAGUUGGCGACAAGUUAUCUGUUUGAUUUGCAAGGAUCAGGUGUUCCACUUGUUAAAAGUUUACAGGAAAAACUGCAGUGUGCUCCGAGUCACCUCGGCCGGGAUCGUCGUUCACAGACAUACGACCUCUUUUAAAAUGUUUGCACCAUUUAAACAUUUUAUUGCGACCAAGGAUCUCAUUACUGUCCUGUGCUUGAAGUCUUCUGUAAAAGUCAGUCGGUUUUACGCAUUCUUCAUUCACUGGAAAAUUUAUCACAAGUCCCAGUUUGGCUUAAACAUCAAGCUUUUUUUUUUUCCUCAUGUUUAAUAUGUGAAUUUUGGGUCCCCAUAUGCUGAAAAUGACUGCUGCACUGAAAUCAACAAGGUGUUGUAAUUUCUUCAAAUCUGACCUCUAUUCUGUGUUUCAGUUGUUUCUUGAUUAUUGUUAUGUGUGCUUGUCUUUGAGUGUACUGUAUAUACCACACAUUAAACCAGUAGAAACUA